AUGCACGACUCAUUCACCGAUCUCGGCCCUCCGCCGCCGUACAGCCUUGAGCCGCUCCGCCCGAGCAGGUCGACGCCAAACCUCCGGCAGCAGGCAGCUUAUCAUUCCCAGACUUCCGAAUACGCGGCUUUUCCCGGCAUCGAUGUCAAUGGCCGUUUGCGAUGCCCGUCACCAGGACCACCUCGGAUGCAAUCAUACACCACGCAUGACCCCGUGCCAUCAACGCCCACUUAUGUCCCUUACCGACCCUAUUCCCCUGCAUCUCACCAAUCACGACCUUCAAGCAGGCACACACAAAACCCUUCAGCAUUACCAGGGCCGCCUCCCACGUCAGGCUGGAAGCCGCAGGUCGCAGUCCAUACCCAAGAGCUUCGCUUACACAACCAGACCUUCCCCUUGAGCCGCCGGGAUCAGGGCCAGGAAAGCCUCAGGGUUGCAACGCAAGCACCCACUCUCCCUACGAGGCCUGAACUCCUCACGGCGACCUCUGAACCUAUCCCAGCUUCCUCCCAGGCUGCCUCCAAGGACAAGAAUUUCCUCCAGAAUGCGUUUGACGAGACGGUCUUCUUCGCUGGCGGUCUCCUCCCACACCCUUCGGAGUCUACACGCCACUUCUCCAUCCUCCGCCACUCGCCUGCCCUCGUCUGGUAUCGCGGGCCGUCAACGACUGUUACCAUUACCAUCUUCUCGGACGAGCCACUUCCAUCAACGCGCUCCAUCUGGCUCCAACGAAAGGGCUACUCGGGCAACACAGGCAUGGCUCUCAAAUCCAUGCUGGGCACCACGACCUCCUGGCUCGACGUGACCCCCUCCGCCGCCGCUCCUCUGUCAUCCGUGCCGGCCACGGACGAACGCGCCUAUCAGCGCGACAUGGCCAAGUUUGCCAAAAAGGCCUCCGGCAACGCCAAGAGACACCUGGCCCGCGAAACGCACGUUGUGCGCAUCCCUGCCGCCGCCGAAGACGGAUACUUCCGCCUAGUUCUCUGCUCUGGCAGCGAGUCUGGCAAGAAGAAGACGCUCUGUCCCUCGCCCGUCUUUCGCGUCGCCAGUACCUCUACCGACGCCAGCAUGGUCAAGGGCGCCAGCCUUGCCACCAUGCCCAUCGAGCUGGGCGUCAAGGUCGGCAGCACCAUCGCCUCCAACGUUGUCAACCGCUACGUCGGGCCCGCCCGCAUGGCUGCUACCGCUGCCACCACAGGCGUCGUGCGUCGCGUCGAGAAGAAAGGCUUCGUUGCUGCCCGCGCCCGCGAGGUCGCCAUGGCCAAGGCUGGCCUGCGCACGCAUGUUUCUUCCAUGGAGACGCGGUACGCCGGCAGCCGCGGCGCCGGAUAUGCCGCCCUGCAGGCGGAGGACCUGCUCCUGGACGGGGCCCCGCCUGAGGUCGUUGGGCCGGAUGAAGGUCCCGCGUCGCCGUUUCCCAUCAAGUUUGAUGGCAAGGUCUGCCGAGGAACAGGCCGAGGUGGUAUGGAGCUCGGCGUGCCCACGGCCAACCUGGGCGACGUGCCCGAGGACAUUCGCCUGCGCAUGCGCGGCGUGUACAUGGCUUGGGCGUGCAUCGUGCCGAGGCCAGGUCUGCCGGAGACGCUGUCGGCUGACUGGCACGAAGCCAUUGUGACGGUCGGGCCCUCGCCGUACGCGACGCCGAGCAUCGUGGCCAAGAACCUUGUGACUGUGCACUUCAUCCACGAAUUCGGGGGUGUCAUGUUCUACGACGCGCGGGUCAAGGUCCUCAUCAUGGGCCAGCUGCGCCGCGGUGGCGCGAGCAUCGCCGACGGCAUUGACGAGGCGCUCGGCGCUUACGCGAGCGAUGUCAUGGUGACGGUGGCGAGCCUCAGCCGCGACAACUGGGAGCCCCAUGAAACGAGAGAGCGGAUGAAGACACUCAAGAGCCAGAGAACCUUUGCCGAAAAGUACAUGGACGCAAGGGACAAGGUGCAAAAGCAGGUUGAUCGAAUCCCCGUCCACUGGGCGGGUGUUCGGACUGAGGGCGCUGCCAUGAGAGAUCAGGCAAUGGGACCUGGGGGCUUCUGGAUUGCGCGUUAA